ACAACUGUACUUUUUAGGAAUGUCUUUUUGAAAUCAUUUUCUAUUUCAGGUCAAAAUAAUGAUCUAAUUUGAGAAUGAUAGCAUAUUAUAGUCUGAUUAUACUGGUUCUUUUAAAUCGAUCAAAUUGUUUAGAAUUUACUAUCGGCGCAUUAUUAAGUGAUGAUGAGGUUAUUUCUAGUUUUAAAAGGAUGGUUUCAUCUGUCAGAGAUAGCGUUUAUGAUGAUGCAGUUACUUUCAAAGCUGCUGGAGAGACUCUUGCUCUAAAUGCUCUUAAAGCAACAAACCAGGUCUGUAACCUGUUCAAUUCUUCUGAGGGUCGAAUGUUUGCUCUAAUAAUCUCCCAUCCAAAUGGAGCACCUGGAUCUGCACCUUUAUCCGUAUCAUUUACCUGUGCUUUUUAUCACCUACCGGUUAUUGGAGUUAGUGCAAGACAUUCAAUCUUCAGUGACAAGUACAGCCAUGGUAGCUUUCUUCGUACAGUUCCACCGUACAGCAAUGAAGCAUCUGUUUGGGUUGAUUUAAUAAAAUCGUUUGGUUGGCGCGAAGUCUGUGUAAUUCACUCAGAUGACCAUGAUGCCAAAAAAGUGUUAUCCUAUUUGGAGUCUGCUUCUCAGAGAGGAAUAGACUUCAAGAUUACUCGUCAAGUUGCUAUCAAUACAGAUGAAGAGGAUGCUGCUCAAAUGAAGGAUUUCAUCAGUCUCUUGCAACCGGUUCGAAACGAACAAACACGAGUCAUUUUGCUAUUUUUACGCCGCAAGUUUGCAGAGUAUGUGUUCUUGGCCGCACGUAAACUGGGCAUGCUGGAAGCAGAAUGGGCUUGGAUUGUUACGGAACAGGCUUUGGAUGCUUCAAAUAUACCAAAUGGUGUGAUUGGUGUCCGGUUACUUCAAGUUACCGAACUAGAUCACGUUGCCGAUGCAGUCAGAAUCGCCACACAGAGCAUUCUUCAUUUAGUUCGUACUGAUUAUGAUGCAAUGAAGCAUCUUUACGCAGUUAAAGCAUGUAGUGAUAAUCCUUCAGAAAUUCAGUCAAAAUCAAAGCUACCUGGUAAAUCGACUUAUAUGUGGAAGGAUUACGCAACCAAACUUUUCCGAGACAUGUUAGCAAUGAAUUUAACUGAUGGUCGAACUGGGCAUUUGGAAUUUAAUGAAUAUGGUGAUCGUAUUAAACCAAUUUAUGAUAUUGUAAAUGCUCAAAUAACUAAUCAGGAUAUAAAUAAUUUAUCUGCACAAAAAUCAUUUGAGUUUGAACGGCCAACAUUAGUUUCAGUUGGAAGUUACGGUGUACAUCAACCAACUCCAAUGGAAUGGUUAUCUGAUGAACCUUAUCCUUCUCUGUUGUCAAUCAAUUUAAGUAAAUUAAUUUGGCCAGGUAAUAGUGUUGUAAAACGUCAACAGUUGGUAUGUAUACAACGUGCUAAUGAUGGAAAAUGUCAAAAAACUGAAAAACGACUGGUACAUGCAGCACCGAUUAGUUUUAAAAAGAAAACACAUUUAAAAGUUGUAACUAUUGAAAGUGUACCAUUCGUACAAACUCGUCCAAAAUUGAAUGAUAAGUGUAAUGAAUCUGAUGAUCCCUUAGUUUUUAAAACUGAAAUUGAAUGUACUCACACUGACCCGACUACUGGCGUCAAGAAACAUUAUUGCUGUUAUGGUUAUUGUAUUGAUCUUCUCCGAUUAUUGGCUAAUAGAACUGGACUAGAAUUAACUUCUACACCAUUCACAUAUGAUUUACAUUUGGUUGGUGAUGGACAAAUAGGUGAUGUUGAUGAAAAUGAAACACAUAAAUGGACUGGUAUUAUUGGUGAAAUUUUGUCUGGUACAGCUGAUCUAGCUGUUGCACCAGUCUCUAUUACACCUGAAAGAGCUGCACGAGUUGAAUUCACAAAACCAUUCAAAUAUUUGGGAAUAACUAUUCUAGUGAAACGAGAACGUGCUCGAUCCAAUCUUGGUUCAUUCCUUCAACCUUUUGAAAGUUCACUAUGGGUUCUUGUAGCCUUGUCUGUCCAUGUUGUCGCUUUUGUAUUAUAUUUGCUCGAUCACUUUUCACCAUUUGGCCGAACAAGCUCUGAUAUUGAUAUGUCUGUCGAUGGAAGUGGCAGUCAUUCAACUUUACGCCAGUUUGAUAAUGAAAAACAAACUAAUGACAAAAAUACACUAACUCUAACUCACCUGCGACAACAACAACAACAAAAAGAAGACGAAGAAGGUAUGAAUUUAAGUAGUGCAGUGUACUUUGCUUGGGCUGUAUUAUUGAAUUCUGGGAUUGGUGAAGGUACUCCACAUUCAUUUAGUGCUCGUGUUCUUGGAAUGGUAUGGGCUGGAUUCGCUAUGAUAAUAGUAGCUAGUUAUACAGCCAAUUUAGCUGCGUUUCUUGUUUUGGAUAGACCUGAAGCGUCUAUUUCUGGAAUUGAUGACGUUCGACUUCGCAAUCCUCAGAAAGAUUUUCUAUUUGCAACAAUUCGUGGUAGUCCUGUAGAAAUGUAUUUUAAACGACAAGUUGAAUUCGCUACAAUGUAUCGUGUAAUGGAAACAAAUAAUUAUGAUUCAGUAGAAGAAGCAAUUCAAGCCAUUAAAUCUGGUUCACUUAAAGCUUUCAUAUGGGAUUCAGCAAGAUUAAAUUAUGAAGUUUCCAUUGAUUGUGAAUUAAUUACUGCUGGUGAGGUAUUUGGUCGUAAUAGUUAUGGCUUAGUAAUGAAAAAGAAUAAUCCGUGGUUAUACGAAUUAUCACAAGCAGUGUUAAAUUUUCAUGAAAGAGGUAUAAUGGAAACAUUGGAUACAAAAUGGAUACAUAUCAAAUCCAAUAACUGUGAACGAACUGAAUCAAGUCCAGCAACUUUAGGUUUAACCAAUAUGGCAGGUGUAUUUAUCAUGAUUGGUAUGGGGUUAGUAGCUGGAGCUAUAUUGACAUUUGUUGAGGUAUUGUGUACGAAACGUAAAUGUGAACAAAAGAAAAAGCAUGAACUAUCCACUUCGACAAUACAACAAUGGCGAGACGCUGUGCAGAAGCGUCAAAAUGAAAGAUAUUUCCUGAACACUAUGGAUAAACGAAUGCAAUUAUGUCACAAUACAGAAGUAUCCUUUGAUGAUGUCAUUCACCACUCAGUUGCUGUUGAUAAAAAUAAUUUAGAGUCAUCUGCUAUUUAUUCUACUAAUAUGAAAAUUAAACGAUCAAAUAAUCCCAAACCUAAUCUUUCAAUGAAUAUGAAAGAAGAAUAUUCAUUUAUAGAAGAUGAUUUAUUGUUCACCAAAGGUCGAAUAACUCGUAAGCGUAAAGCUAGUGAUUAUAGCUGUGAUGAUGAUGGUGAAAAUGAUGCGUUAGACAGUUCACUAUCUUUUGCCAUGCAAACCUCGAAAAAUAAUUUGAAACAAAUAGGCGAAAAGUAUUGUGUUACUACUUAUCGUUGCGAUCAAGUUAAUAAUUAUGCGAAUAAUGGUAAAAUUGAGCUGGGACAAGAGAAAGAUCAGGUAGGACAGGAGGGUUAUGAAGAAGAAGAGUUUAGUGAACUUAUUCAUCGAUCUGAUACUUUUACUGCUAAUAAUAAUAUGAACAAUAUCAAUCAUUACCAAAAGUCGAAUAUUAUUUCAGCUGUUUAACACUUUUCAGGGCAAAAUAGAUAUAAUUAUAAAAAAGUCAAUUAUUUGGAUUCAUGAAUUAUUCUUCGCAUAAACGUAUUAUCAUACCUUUAAAUAGAACUGUUGUUAUUAUUACAUUGCAAUAACCCAUUCUCAAGAGUUUCAUGCACACUGGUCUGUUUCAAUGAUCGCUCUACAUUAAAACUUAUUCAGUGUUGUUUUGUUUUAAUUUUAUGUUACUUUUAGAGUACACUCUUCAGAUUAUAUAUAAAACAUAUUUAAAAAUAUUGUUUAUCUGUGUUAACGUAGUUGAUUUUAAAUACUAUGAUUAUAUCUGUGUUCAAUAAUAAUGUAGAGUGUUUGCCUAAAAAAAACCAUAUUGCCUAUUUUCAUUCCUCUUCCGUUUGUCUCUCUAUUGAAAAACUAUGCUUUGUUUUAUUGGAUAUUUUAAGAGAAAUAUAUAUUCAUGUAUUUUAAUUUGACAUUUCAAUUUCAUAGACCUUUGAUUUUUUUUAUUUUGCUUCUUUACUACUUAUAAAGAUUAAUAUGAAAUGACAAAGUUUGAUCUCGCCAGUUUAUAUGUGAUUUUUUUCGUUUUCUUAAAAUAACUUAAUUAACUUGCUUCCAAAUUCAUUCAAUGUUCUUUUCACUUAACUGCGUCGUAUUGUUUUUAUUGUUUAGUUUAAUGACAUAACUGUUUUUUCGUAGAUAAAUGACUUCAUGUCAGCUGUUUAUUUUGUCUGGACAUUGUCAUAUGUCUUUUGAAGGGAAGAAAAAAGUUCAUCAUUUCCAGUAUAAAAGUUGAGAUUUUAUUUUAUUUUAGAUCACGAGUAAGGUACAGAGUGAAGAAUAUAGGAGUUAGUAGUAAAAUAGUGCAAAUUGAUUGUAGUUAGAUUUGUAUACUGCUGAAUCCCAGAUCAUUUGUCUAGAGGUGAAGCAUUCUGUUGCAAGACAGGUUUUUAGUUUGAUCACAAGUGGUGGCAUCGCGAAAUUUUACUGUAGAAGAGUCCCACAUUAGAACGAAAUAGCUAUCUAGUGGUUUCAGGUUAACCAUGACUUCCUAACCUAGAUCGGUUUAUUAACUCUAUAAAGCUUUUUAUUUGUUGGUCAUUUAAAAUGUGAUUAUUCG